AUGCCCCGCCCACCUUACCGCGAGACUCGCCGCAAGCUUGUCAUCGCCUUCGAUGUCGGUACCACCUUUAGUGGUGUUUCAUAUAGUAUUUUAGAUCCUGGACAAGUACCCGAGAUCAAGGGUGUAACAAGAUUUCCCGCUCAAAAACAUGUGAGCGGGUCAUCAAAAAUUCCGACGAUCAUCUAUUACGACAAACAAGGUGCUUCCCGCGCAAUCGGAGCUGAAGCAGCAAAGGAUGGGAUUUUGAAACGGCAGCAGAUGAGGGGUGGACUAAAGUUGAAUGAUCGUAUUAUGGCCAAUAUACCGCCGCUUCCGCACGGGAAAACUGUUACCCAAAUCUUCGCAGAUUAUCUUCGCUAUCUUUUUGAAUGCACAUGCACAUACAUCAAAGACACUCAUAACAAUGGAGCCACUCUGUUGGCCACUCUCGGACAACGCAUUGAUUACGUUCUUUCCCAUCCAAACGGUUGGGAAGGUCCACAGCAACAGCAGAUGCGGGAGGCUGCAGUGCUCGCGGGGCUCAUUUCAGGCACGCCAGAAAGUCAAUCUCGGAUCUCUUUCGUCACCGAGGGAGAAGCAAGCUUGCACUUCGCAAUAAACAACGGCUUUGCGUCAACCAAUAUGAACAACGGGGAAGGUGUGCUCAUUGUCGAUGCUGGUGGCGGCACGAUUGAUGUCAGCGCUUACGCACGGCAGUCUAACUUGUAUGUUGAAAUUGCUGCACCCCAGUGUUACCUCAGCGGCUCGGUAUUUAUCACUCUAGAAGCCAAGAAGUUUCUCUCCAAUUUUCUCUCGGGUUCGAAAUUCAUGGAUGACCUUGAUCAUAUCUUGAGGUGUUUUGAAACAACUACCAAACACACCUUUGGAGGUACUGAGGAGGCGCAAUUCAUCAAGUUCGGGUCAUUCCGAGAUAACGAGGAAGAAUUCAAUAUUCGUUAUGGCCAGCUGAGGUUGACGGGGCAGCAGGUCGCUUCUUUCUUUGAGCCUUCCAUCACAUGCAUCGUCGAUUCAGUAAAAGAACAGCACAACUCCGCACGUCAGAAGAUUUCUCACGUUUUAUUAGUCGGGGGUUUCGCAUCGAGCGAUUAUCUCUAUAACCGACUGCAGGCAUUACUCGAGCCUUCUGGGUUCCGCAUUGUCCGGCCUGAAAAUCAUGUGUAG